UAUACAUUACAUUAAUAAAGUAAGGUAAGGUAUGAAUACCUCGACAUGAUACUGAGGUGUAUACAGGAUACAGGUAAUAUUACCGUCCAUCGUCCAUGCCCAGAAUCAGAUUUCUUCAUGAUUAUCAAUCUGAGUCAUUUAACGGUCAUACUAAUGAUUAUAAUCAUAAGAGAAGUAUAUUAUAUUAGAAGAUCAAGAUCGGCAAUCCUACUUAACCUGCCAUUCCUCCAUUUCCAUCUCCAGUCCAGGUCGACUCCAAAUUACUGUUCCUCCAACCAAGUCCACUGCAACCUCACCAGUGGUUACUCCUCGAUUACAUAACCACCAUCUAUAUCCUGAUCAUCGAUCGACUGACGUAUGAUUGAUCGACAUCUGCGUUUGAUAGACUUCGACGCAAUCAGGGCAGUCCAGGACAAACCAGGCCAGACCAGGA